AUAAUGUUCGUCUAAUUGUAGCCACAUAUAUGGAUUACGACUUAUUUUUGUUUUAACAGUCACGUGGUUUUUUUUAAUGUAGGUCAUGUGACAUACAACUGGCUGUGCUGCAUUAACAAACGCACCAUAUCCAGUUCAUUGACUGAAAUGGCUACCACGGAAGUAGAGCGUAGCCGAGGCCAGCUUGCUGCUCUGUCCAUAGCAGCGGUGGUCAUCAUUGUGGGAGUCCCUCUGUGGUGGCGAACAACUGAAACAUACCGCGCAUGGUUGCCUGUCAGUCAGAUAAACGAGUUAGCUAAGCUGCAGCUACAUUUGAGUGCUGAUGUGGAGGUUGUGUUUGCUCGUGGCACUGUGACACCAGAACAGCAGAAGAAGGUCCCGCUGACACAGACACAGGAUGAGGAGCACAGAGUAGAUGAGGAUACAGCUUUGAGGUACAGGUAUGAGACAAGGUACCGCACAGCUACAGUCAUGGAGGAGGACGCCCUGAACCAGCCCACUGCUGCAGAAGCAGAUCUGUCUCUGCACACACUCAGUGAGAGUCCGUGUGGUUCUUUGGUUGUGUAUGUGAUCCCAGAGUCAUCUUCACUGCUGCCUCAGGAUGUGGACGUUUAUAUCGGUCAGAGACGGACAGCAUUGCUGCGCAUUGGUCCGCAGAUGAGAGUGGGCAAGACUCUGGAACAACUGCUGGCUCACUUGGAGCCUCGGAUUAAGCAGGUGCUGCAGGUGAUGUCUUUUAGCCACACUGACAUCACUGCUGCACUCAGCGACAGAGUCCGUCUCAGCCCUGGCAACAAGGAGAGCAUCGCAGACAGUAUGAGAGCCUUUAAAUCCAGCCCGGGUUAUGAAAUAACGUUCAGUCUGUUGAACCCAGACCCAAGGUCUCACCGGCUACACUGGGACAUAGAAGGUGCCGUGCAGACCUACAUCCGACCUUUGCUUACAAAACUGUCCCCUGUAGCCAACUUUAGCAUUGACUCUCAGACCUUACACUAUGCCGUGCUUGGUGUCAACCCUCGCUUUGACAGCAGCCGCAGCUACUACACACUCAACGCUGACAGCCUCGCACAUGUCAUCAACCCUGUGGAGGCUAGACUUGGCUCUAAUGCUGCAUCUUCCAACCCGGUGUUGAAUUUUCUUCUGUAUGUACCAGAUGCACACCAUUCACCCCUUUACAUCCAUGACCACAAGAAACAGGAAGUGCCUUCUAAUGCAUUUCACUCUCCUCGGUGGGGUGGAAUUAUGGUUUAUAAUGUUAAUGGUUUCUAUGAACCAGAGACUGUGUUCCCUGUUGACAUCAACAUCAACAUGGCUAAAGUCAUGGGAGUCUUCCUUGCACAGCUUCGACUGCUGCUGGGUGUGCAGUCGUCUUCCCCUCCCCCUGGCUUCCUGAUGGCACCGUGUGGCAGUGCAGGACUAGCUGACUGGGAGCUGGAUCGCCUCAUGUGGAGUCGGAGUGUGGAAAAUGUUGCAACAGCAACCACCACCAUCACCUCACUGGCACAGCUGCUGGAUCAGAUAGGCAACAUUGUUAUCAAUGACAACAUUGCUGAACAGGUGUCCAGUGCUGUCACAUCUCUGCAGCUGGCAGUGGCUGAGUUGGAGGCCGGGAACCUCGGCUUUGCUCUGCAGUACAGCAAAGAGGCCAUCUUGGCGUCAGAGAGAGCAUUCUUCGACCCUUCACUCCUCCACCUCCUGUACUUCCCCGAUGACCAGAAAUUUGCUAUCUACAUACCGCUCUUCCUGCCUAUGUGUGUGCCCAUUCUGCUGUCACUGCUCAAAAUAGUGUCUGAGGUGAGACAGAAACGCAGAGAGAAACACGCAAAGACGGACUGAAAAAACACUCAAGAAGAAGAAGAGGUCAUGAGCAACACAUUAUGAACAGACUGUUUUGCCUUGACAUUUAGGUACAAAGGUGGUAUGAGGAAAGGCUAAUUUGCAGCAUUCAAGUGUGGGGUUUACAAAUCAGUCAUGUAUGAUUUUUUUUAUUGUUUUGUGUGAGGAAUUGUGUUUAGCAUAAGAUUUUAAUGAAAGAAUGCUGUGGCUGUCAGACACUGUACUGUUGAAAGCUUGAAUUGUUGUAAAUGUGUAAAAGUUUUAUAUUUGAAUUCCACUUUAUUCUAUCCUAAGUUAUUAACAAAUAAAGACAAAGUUGUAACUAUU